AUGGGUGGAGCCACCGGUGGUAUGGCGACGAUGACUGCGGAGCAGAUGACCGCGAUGAUGGACGGCAUGAUGAGCCAGAUGGAGGAACUUUGCAUCACCAUGAUGCUCGUCGGGGUGGGCGCUACCUUUGCGGCCUUUCUCCAGGGAGCCGCUUUCAAGAUCUUCUCUGAGAAGCAGGCUUUCAAGUUCCGCGUCCUCUAUUUCGACUCCGUUCUCCACCAG